ACAACUCGCGCAUGUUAUACUGAGCACUCUAGAUCUCCGGAGUCCAAAUUCGGCGGAUAAAUGAACGUAACAAGUGUCCUGGAUCGAGUUUUAGUGCCAUUUUGUCGACUUUUUCUCGUUAUAGUAUAAGUUUUAACGAUAUUUUUGAGAUUCAGACUGUGAAAGUGUAGUUUUUAGUGACUUAGUUAACACAUGUGUUCAUAAUUUACUAACAAGUGAUGUCAAGUGCCAAAAUAAGUUUAUAAAUAAGAAAAUGGAAGAAAAAAUCACACACAGUGGGUUAUUGGCUCGUAGUCCGGAAGGACAUGCGGCGCGCGGUAUGCAAAUCAAAGGAAAUGAAGAUCUUUGGGUGGACAUACAAGCCAAUACUUUCAGGAAUUGGGUUAACGAGCACCUCCCACAAGAUUUGAGGGUAGCAGAUUUAUCUAAAGAUUUAUGUACAGGAGUUAGACUUUGUGCGUUAGUCGAAUCGCUGAGAAAGAAGCCAUUGAAACCAAGUUGGAACAGAAGGCCUACUAAUCAACAUCAUUACCUAGAAAAUGUAACUUGCGCCCUCAACGCAAUAGAAAAAGAUGGUAUCAAGCUCGUUAAUAUAGGUAACACGGAUAUAGUGAAUGGAAAUUUGAAACUUAUAUUAGGUCUGAUAUGGUCCCUCAUCGUCCACUACCAGAUCGGAAGAUCCAAAUUUCCUCCACGAAAAUUGAUGUUGGCGUGGCUGCAAGCCGUUCUUCCAGAAUGCAAAGUUGGAAAUCUCACCACCGAUUGGAAUUCUGGAAUACUUCUUUCAGCUCUCGUCGAUUAUUGUAAACCUGGACUGUUUCCUCAUUGGAAGAAAUUAGAUCCGUCACAAGACAUAGAAAAUUGUCGCCGUGCCAUGGAUAUCGCUCAAAAAGAUCUUGGAAUUCCGGCUGUUCUAGAACCGGAAUAUUUAGCUUCACCUUGGCUAGAUGAAUUAUCAGGUAUGACUUACCUUUCGUAUUUCAUGAAACCAGGCUCUCCCGGCUUCUACGCAACAUUGAGGUGGGUCAAUUCUAGAUUGGAACGGUCCAUAAACAAUUUUACGACUGAUUGGAAUGAUGGUAAAGUGAUAAGUGAGAUUAUUAGGUCAUUGGGGGGGUCAGCUGCCGCUCCGGAGAAGCUAAGAUCUGAUCCUUCGUAUUGGGAGUACAACCAGACUCAGGCAGUUGAAGCAGGAAGACGUUUAGGUGUCGAACCAAUACUAUCAGCAAGAGAUAUGGCCGAUGCUCACGUGGAACAUUUAGGUGUUAUGGCGUACGCUGCUCAUUUUCAAUGGGUACCUGAAAGACCACCGCUUCACGAUCUCAUCAAUGUUCACCUCAAUUCGACAUCUGGAAGAGUUGGAGAACCUACAUACUAUCAAGUGACUCUCCAUGAUUCUUCUCUAUCAUAUUCAAGCUUAUCGACCGAAAUACGAGGACCCGACAAUAAAAUUUAUUUAGGAAACAAGCUUCAACAAGGAAAAGGUACUUUUAUUCCGUCCAAAGUGGGCAUGCAUGAAAUUAUCGUUAAAUACGAAGAACAAGAAGUACAAUCAGGUCACUAUUUUCGAGUUCUGCCUCCAUUAGUGGAAGUGGCGCCUCCUGGCAUGGCGCCGUGUGCUUUAGGAUCCUUAGUACAAGUUCUAGUAAAUGCAACAGGUGCGCCUAGAAAAGAAGACAUUUUAGUUACAGCGUAUAGCCCAAGCGGAAGAUCGUUGAAUUGUCCACUUAAAGUUAUAGAUGGCGUUAACAGUGCUACAUUUAAGCCCGACGAACCAGGAGAAUGGAGAAUAGAAAUAACAUAUCAAGGGAAACAAAUUCAGGGUGGACCGUUUACCUGUUCUGUUUUCGAUCCGAAUGGUGUCCAAGUAUCCGGACUUGAAGGAGCUUUACCACUCAUACCACACGCUAUAGACGUUGAUUGUAGAGGUGUCGGAGUACCUGGAGAAGUUUUUGCCGAUAUUGUACACGAUAAGCGAUCCGUCCAUUGUCAUGUGGAAAAACUGGAUAAUUUUCAUUAUAGGAUACAUUUUACUCCUAAAGAUGCAGGUAAACACAGGGUGUACGUGUAUUUUAAUGGUUAUGAUGUCAAAGGUUCUCCGUAUAUGAUGAGAGUAGGUACUCAAAAACGUAUGAAAUCGAGUAGCAGUCCUACAUCUAAUUACAGAACAAGUCCUACACAUCGAAUGAACAGCUCCAGUCCUAGUUUGUCUACUCCUACAAAAAAUACGACUUACUCCAGUUAUAGACAAAAUGCAAGUCCAUUGCUGGAAGAAACCCACAAAUAUGCCCAAGAUUAUCACAUGAAAUCAGUUGCCGAGAAAAGACUAACUUCUAGUUCACCUAUAUAUCAAGAUAGAACUCCCAAUUAUAGUCCUAAUUAUACCCAGAGGAAUCACAGCCCGGUGUACAGGACUGCCAGUCCCAAUUUUCACCCACCUAGUCCUAAUUAUCGUCCAACCAGUCCAAUUCACGGAAGAGAUAGUCCGGAUUAUAUAUCAAGCCGGAAAUUGAACGAAAAGAGAUACGAUUUUACCAACAAGAUGUCAUCUAUGCGAUUAGAAGACUCCAGAAGUCCGAAUUAUUUAGAUAGAAACAGUCCUGAUGUAGGUUAUAUAUCAACUUCGAGAUACGAUAAACGCGUAUCCGAAAAUAAAGUUUUCAGUAACUCUCCAUCGAACGGCGUAGACACGAGUCCAAUCGUCAAAGUUUCUUCCAUUAACGAUCAGUCGUCAGCCAGAAGGGAUUCCUGGGACGCCAUAGCAAAAACCAGAAAUAUAUUGUCUGAUAGAAGUUUGGAGUCACUAGCUAAUUUAACAGAGUCUCAAUUAGAUACGGAAUUAAGAAGAAGGAAAGCCGAAGAGCAUUCGAAAUUUAUUUUAAAAGAACAAAGUUUUCAGAAGAGUUAUAAGGAGGAUUAUACGUCGAAGAAGUAUAGUGAUAGUUAUGGUAGAAAUUCGCCGGUAUAUAGUCGAAUUCGGAAAGAAGGGGGCGCUGCUUCGGUUAGAGUUCAACCUGUACCUGACGGCGUCUUGGGACAGCCGGUGGAAUUUGAAAUUGAUGGUAGCGGUGCCGGUUCUGGUGAUCUGGAAAUUCUAGUUGAGGGCGGUCGCGUCACGUCCAGUGUAAAAAGUCUUGGUGGUCAAAGGUUUAAGGCUGCGUUCACUCCACAUCAAGCUCUACCUCACAGAGUCGAUAUACGAUUCAACGGCGAGACUGUUCCAGGAAGCCCGUGGCAUGUCAAAAUCAUGUCCAACAAUUCUGCCCUUUCCGUUCUCGGCGAGGCGACCCGUCUAGUGCCUGCCAACACUCCUGCAAUAUUCGAAAUAAUAACUCCAACUUCGACACCGCCCUCGGAUCUUAGAGUACACGUCGUAGCACCCUCAAAACGUGUCGUUCCCGCUCGCGUGUUACCUGGAAACAGACUCGGUGUUCAUAGUGUAGAAUUUGUGCCUACCGAAAUAGGUACCCAUUUGAUCGAUGUGUCUGUCGACGGGGAAAAAUUACCAUCGGGACCUCUGGUCGCGAAGGUAUAUGAUUCAGGUUUGAUUCAAGUGGCGGAUGUCGGAGGAGGAGUUGUAGGACAACCUGUACAAUUCAGAGUGGACGCAAGUCAAGCAGGCGAAGGUCAACUAGAGAUUUCAAUAAACGAAGGAGAAGUACCCAAUCACGUUCAAGUUGUAGGAGGAGGAAGAUGUUUAGUUUCGUUUACACCCGAUCAAGCCAAACCCCAUCUAAUAGAUAUUAAAUUUAACGGAGAAACCGUUCGAGGAUGUCCCUUCGUUUGCCCUGUUUCUGAUACGAGUAGAGUAACGCUUUCUUUAACACACUUAGAACUAAUACCGGUUAACCAACCGAGUUCGUUUCAUAUGGGAGUUGCUGGGGGAGGAGCCGCGGAAUUAGCCGUGGCUGUUCGAGGACCUAUAGGGGAGUUACCUGUGAAAGUUACAGGAGAUAUACAUUCCGGUUUUACGGCGGAGUUUACGCCGAUUCAAGUCGGUGCGCAUCAAAUCAGCGUGGAUUACAAUGGGAGACCCGUUCAAGGGACACCUUUUAUUGCCAAAUCGUUCGAUUCGAACAAGGUCACAGUUGGUACAGUAGCCAGAGGUACUGUAGGUCGCCCGGUUACAUUUUCAGUAGACGCCUCCGAGGCAGGCGAAGGUAAUUUAGAAAUCACAAUCUCCGCUAGAGGUUUAAACAUUCCCACACAAGUACACCCUCAAGGUAAUGCAAGAUUUGCCGUCAGCUUCGUUCCUGCAGAAGCUUGUGAUCACGUAGUUAACGUCGCGUUUAAUAAACGACCCGUAGUCGGCUGUCCUCUGAUAGUGAAUGUUGGAGGUAGUGGAACCGGUCCGAGCGUUACGCUACCGGGACCCGGACCGGUACAUCGACCAAGUACUCUAUUAAUUAACCAUCCUGGAAGACUAGAAGAUAUCGAAGUCAAUGUUGAGGGUCACAGGCGUUACGUCUACUAGACACUUUUGACUUACCUUUGUAUAUGUAAUUACUAACACAAACAUUAUAUAAUACAACCUCCUCCUCCUUUUUCACUUCCUUGAAAUUACUUCUACUUUUCAUUUAUUUUCACAAAAAAAUGGAUGGAACUUUUCACAAUGAAUAUGUAACUAGUUUUUUUUAAUAAAGAUAAUUAAUUAAUAUUUGCUAGAUUUUUUUUGUUAUCUAAUCAAGUUUUUGAUAUAAUUUAUUCGAAAUACGCUACUUAAAUAUUGUCAAGCCAAAUAAAUAGUUACUAAAAGCCUUCUGGUAAAACCUGUAUAAGCAUAAUAUCUUCCAAUUUUAGUUUGGCCGCAGUAUAUAUAUGCUAAAUAAUUUAAUGAACCUUGAAAGGAAUGUCGUUUUGCUAUUUAAUUAUUUGUGAUCAAAGUUUUAUGUUGGUAAUUUAGAUUUAUUCAAAUUUAUGUUAAUACCUAUGUCGAAUUAUUUGAAAAAAAAACAUUUUAUUCGCUAAGUACAUUUUAAUACAUCUUAAAAUAUAAUUCGAAUUCAAUGAGUGUGCUUGGUACAAUUUGAAGUAUAUUUAUAGAACGUUUUCGUGUUAAAAUAAAGGAGAAUUAUUUUUUGUUCACGAAAGCUUUUAUUUUUUUUUAAACAACAAUGCCACUCACUUCCAAAAUCAUCCCUUUGUACAACUAUUCACCUCCGAAGCCGUUGCUUCCAACUGGAAAUCCCCUCAACAACAUCAACAAAACAAUUUCUUCGAUUCUCCUUAUGUCCAUUUCCGAGGUAUUUCUACAUCAUGUUAAAAUUUUGUUUUUUGUUCAAUAUCCUAAUCACAAAAAAAUAUGGAAGCUUUGGACAAAAAUAUGAAGACAUUACAAAAAACAACAAAAUAGUAAUAGCUUCGUUAAAUAACAAAAAAUCAUACAAUAACCACCAGCAAAAUAAGAAUGAAACUCAUUUAAAAACACAUGUAAAAAGCCUAAAACAAUAUUAUCCGCAUGGAUCAUGUCAAAAUAUCCUCCAACAUAAAUCUCAGGAUUCACAAUGUUACAGCAUCAUUUUUCUCGACUUUCUCUGAAAAAAGUCCCUCCGAAGGUUUCUUUUGGAUUCCCGUUUUCUUUCACAGCUAUAAUUUUUGAUUGCUCUUCCUGGAUCCAUGGCUUUCCCUCCCUAAGGGUCCAAUAGCUCCAACGUUUUCCUAAUGCCAAAGGUAUAAAACAUUUCAUCACGAGAAUUUCCUGUAUCAAUAAAGAUAAACUUAUCUACAUUCGUUGAAUAAAACGGUAGCACAACUUCUUAUAGAGUUUAAAAGUUUUUCCAUCAUAUGAAUGAGACACAAACACCUAUCAACGCUUUUCUGUAAGAGUUUUCAUCCGAUGAGUCGUUAGUUUUCUUUGCUAUCCAUCCUACUUCAAUGGGUUUAUUGGAAUCCCUAUUUUCGAGGUAGUGCCGUAUACUUUACAAAUUUUUUAUAUUCUUCAAUAACUAGAACUUAAAAACAACAUUAAAGAGUCUUUAAUUGUGAUUCUGCCAAUCUUCAUGGAUUAAUAAGCCAUCUAAUAGAUGGUUCUUCUUUUUUGUCUACACUCCUACUCUUAGUCCAUUAUAUUCCUCAGCUGUAUGGUGGUAUCGGUCCACGGAUCUUCUGGUGGUUUCCUCCAUGGUUUCUUCUAUCUUCUUUUGGUCUUAAACUUGAAACUUCUUGUAAUGACUCUUAGGGAAUCUUCUUAAGGUAUAUGUGUACAUCAUGAUAGCUAUAAUGAGGAUUGAAAUGGAGUUUGAAAUUAGUUCAGCUCCUUUCGGUGAAUACUACUUGUGGUCCUUCCACAUUACAUGAUUUGCUGAACGAAUAGUUAGUUUCUGAGUUAGUUUCAAUGGUCCACCACACUUCUAUAUUCUUUAUUCUUCUAUAUUCAGUCAUUUGUUGUCCUAGUUUAUUUAAUAGUAGUUAAACUGUACACUCACACUUUUCUUAGUGCCUACAUGUAGUAUGUACAGACCAAAUCUGCAUGUACCUCGGAAAAACUGAAAAAUUUCACCAAAGGUCCAUUUUUCACUUGAGGUGUAGUAAUAUUGACAGUCAUGUUGUAACAAAUUUAGUAUUUAUCUCAUAGAUCUAGUAAACUUCAUUGAAAUAAUAGAUAAAAACGUUCUGAACAAUUAUGUGGAGGAUUACAUCUUCUAAAUAGAUAAAGUUUGCCUCAAGCAACCUUAACAUGCAUAUUAUACUAUAUAUUGUUUGCUUGUUUCUUUAGUAUCGCUAUUUAAAGCAUGAUGAGAGCUUAGGUAGUUGUUGCGUUGGUAAAGUUUGGAUCGAUUGGUAACCAAACUUUAAAAUUGCACGAGAUAUUUCUGAAUCUUUUUAUUAUUUAGCUCAUUUUCAAGGCAGUCUUCGCUGCUUUUUUCAGCUUUAAAAACUUAACCCGGAAUCAUACUUUAUGCUUAUUAAAGUUCAUUUUAUUAUGACUCCUUGGAAGUUUUAAGCAGCCUCUUCUUUAUGAUCCACGAUUUUCAUGUAAUGAUCCAAAAUUUUCUACAAAAGUUACUCAAACUAUCGUGCACUGUGAAUUUGCUUCCAAAUAAUGGUAAACGUCGUUAAUACCUGACCUUUCAAUAUUUAAGGUCUCAGAGCAAAUGAUUUGAGGAUUGCAUUAAUGAAUCCGUGCAAUAUUACUAAAAUUUUUUGAAUGUUUUUGUUAGCUCUAACAUUUCUUAGCAAAUUUAUUGAUAGUAUAAUGCAGGUCAAUAUAUUUUAUUUGCGCAACAUUUGAGAAGCUUUAAUUAACAUUUAGCAUGGAUAUUUGUUAUGUGUAUUGUAGCUAAUUUUCUUUUUCAUACUAACAUAAAAUUCUUACAAGCAAAUAAUUUGGUGAUAUGGGUAUUUAUAUUUUAUAUCGAUGAAUAAUAACAAUGAGAACACUUAAAACUUCACGUAUUUAUAGUUAAAAAGAGAAAAACUAGUAAAUAUAUGUAUCUGAACAUUAUAAUCUAUUGUCUCAACGUAAAAAUUUUAUUUUAAUAUUGGACAUGAAUGAUUUGAAUUUGUUUUUGAGUCUCAAAUUGAUGAAAAAGUCUUACUUUUCUUAAUCAAUCUGUAUAUAUAUGAUGCUAGGCUUCAAUUUUUGAAAAUUAUUUUUGUAUAAUUAGCUCUAGUUCACAGAAUUAAUCUGUUAUAUAGAAAAAAAGAGAAUCAACACUUUAAUUGGGUUGAUUUGCAACAAAUCAUAUACUUUUUGAAAUAUUUCUUAAACACUUAACAAUCUAUAAUUAACAAAAAUUUCAUACGUUACAAAUAAAAUGAACCAUAUUUUGUUGGAAUCAGCUAAUACUUCCUGAUUUUAUUUACAUUUUAAAGUAAUUUUUGUGAGAUUCAUGAGUGAAAUAUUUGCAUAAAUGUAUUUGGACAUGCCGGACUGUUCUCUUUACCAUUUGAUUUGGUAAAAAUAUUUGGGUGUUUCCAAUUAAGAAAAAUAUGAUCUCUCUCUGAAAAAUGCAGGAUUCACUGCCGCACCAUUUAUUUCACAUAAUCUUUACCUGUAUAGGUUCACAAUAUUUUCUAAUGGUCAAAAAUCUAUCCUUUAACUUUAAAAAAAUCCAUAUUUUAUUGAUUUAUUACUUUCUCAAAUUAAGGUGGAUUGAUAAACUUUAAGUUCGCGCUCGCGCUGACACUCUCAUUGAACGCGAACUAGCCAACGCGAGCACAAAAGUCUAUAAAUUGACGUUUAUUCGUUUUAAUCCAAGCUUGAACUAUUUUCUUAUAUGAUUUGUAACUUUUUCAUUCUUAUUAUCACCUGUUUAUUCAUUUAUCGUAUUGGUUUUGUUUAGUAUUUAGUUUCUAUCUAGAUUUAGUAAAUUUUUGCAGGCGAUGUUUUAUACGAAGUAAUAUCACUUCAAGUUAUUUUCUGUUGGUAAUUUUAAUCUCUAAACUUCAUUCAUGACCAUUUCUCACGGUGUAGAUUAUUCCGUUCAUGUUCUAUUAUUUUGUUUACUUCUAUUUAACAUAGUUUCGUUCCAAUGCAUCAGAACAAAUACCAUUUAAAAUUUAUUUUCCAUUAUUUUCUAUCGAACAAAAUAACAUCAGUUUCACUUUUCUUAAUAGUAAGGUAUUCAUAACAUAUUGUAAACAUCUGGUUAACUUGAUAUCUAGAUGGCAUGUAGUCAAUUAUGAUUUAACAUUUGUUAUAUUGUCGAAAGUUUGUGAGUGCCGCUAAUUACACUAUUUUACAGUACAUCUGUUGCUAAAGAAAUUUUGGCUAUUUUUGAAAAUAUGAUAAAUAAUUUUAACAGCUUUAAUUUCUCUUAGCUCUGUAGCUGUUAGCUCUGUAGGUAUAAAACAGAAAACAACAUAUAUUUACCUCGAUUUAAUGCUCUUCUGUAAUAUGUAGAUUGUAGGAAAUGACGUAUCAGAUACCAACAAUGAUCAGACAUCAUAUUCGAUCCCCUCAUUGCACCCCAUUGUUUUCAAGUCUUCGACAAGUUCAAUAUAAUUUUCAGAUUUUUCAUUUCUGAGAGGAUACAGUACCAUAGAGAGCUGUCCAAGUCUUUAGUUUUAGCUCAGUCAUAAAAUUUCUAGAUCCUAGUAUCCUUCGUAAGUUGUCUAAUUUGGGGGCCAUACCACGUUUAAUAUUUUUCAUCAAGACAAAAUAUAGGUAGUUAUGGAUAGGAUUUAUAUAUUUUAACUUGAAAUGAAUACUCAGUGAUUUUCAUAUACAUAUUGAUUCACUAUGAAUCUUUUAUUUUAAUAAUCACUUUUCGAGAAGAGUCGUAACAGGACAGAGUUUAGUCACAGACAAACUAUUUUAAAAAAUAUAAUUUAUUUCAAGGUCCAACUCUAGACUAUACUAAGUAAAACACAUGUUUUCUUGAACAAAGAUCAUAGUGCUUGGUUGUACUUUUGGUAUAAGGAUAAACAGUCGUUUUUACAGCUCAAGUACCUGAGGUAAUAAAAUCAAGCCUAUACCGGUCUUUCAUUCAAACUACACCAAUUUGUAUUAAGUGUGUUUUCUAAAAACUUAAAAGCAAUAAAUUAAAAUAUAUUAGUCAUUUUAAAUAAAAAUUUCUAAGAAUCAAAAAUAUAUAAAAUAAAUGUUUAAAAACUAGAAUUCAUUUUUGCUCAGAGUCCAACACAAAGUUUAUGAUAAUCAGCAGACGUAAAGUGCCGUAUACACAUGCACAACUCUUGGUAAAUGGUGCUGCAUUCUAGCGUGUACAAUGCUACAAGUUCCCUGGAAGUUGCUUGGACGAGGACUGGGAUGAUGAAAGAGAGGUCAGAGCGAGAAUUGAAUUGGCUCGCAAUUAUUUUUUCAAAACUAAGAAUAUCCUUACCAUGGAAAUAUGGAGGCUCAAAAAUUAGAGAUCAAUAAAUUGAAAGCAUUUUAAAUGUGGACCUAUGGAGAUUUUAUGAAGAAUGGGGAAAACAGAGGAAAUCUUCUAAAUAUAGUGAGAAGAAAAACAGUCCAUUUAGGUCACAUACUCAGAGGCCCAAAGUACCGACUUUUACAACUCAUAAUAGAAGGUAGGAUAGAUGGUAAACAGGGAGUAUAAAAGGAGUAUAGGAAAUCUGAUUCACACAGUGACAAACAGUGAAGCCUAAGAAAAUAUUGUAGUGGAUAGGAAGCAGAAGAAGAAGAAUCUUUUCCAUAGUGAACUAAGGAAAUUUUUGGCAAAUGUUAAAAAAGCAGUUCUUUUUUAAUCUAGUGACUUAACAAAUUAUUUCAUGCUGCUCAAUUUUAUAUGUAAUGGUACAAAGAUAAAUUUGUCACGUACUAACUUCUAAUGAAUUCUGGGAUACAUUUCAGGAUACCUUUAGGGCUGUCAAUGAAUAAACUCCAGUCGUUUGGUUCGUAUUAUUUCAACGAACGAAUUUGUAAGAAAUGAACAAAAGGUGAUACAGUUUCCUUCUCAAAAAUAACGUCGUUUUUCUUUAUUUCCUUCACAAUAAAAACUCAAUAGCACCAAAUUUUGCAGUAGACACAAAAAACUCAACGUUAAAAAUCAGUAAAGGAAAGAAAUAGUGGCCAGAUAUUAAAAUUGGGGGGAAUAAUUGGAUAAAAAUCAUUACGAGUAAAUUAAAUUUAAAGAGUAAAUUUAAACAAAAUCAGCUUUCACUAGUUUUAAUGUUAAAUUUGUUCAGAAUUUAUCUAUCUAAUGAUAUUAAAAUGUUGAUAUAAGAAUAAAACUGAGUUACGUGGUUUGUCACUCAAGCCGACGAUAUUUGUUUCUUUCAGUCUUAAUGCAAAUAAUUUAAAGCUUACUUAAAAAGAUUUAAAUCUCUUUUAAAAUCAUCUAAUUCAUUUUGUGAAAAUCGUUUUGGCCCAAUUGACAUUUUGUGAAGAGCUUGUUCGUUCAAGGGUUUUUUAAUGUACUGAAGUCAGAUAGGUGCUGCCCUGGACAGAAUUAGUCCUUGGAUAUUGUCAUUUAGCUCGAUUUUUAGUGUUGAAACUGUUUACAUUCAUGCUAAAAAAUAACUUCAAAAUAAAAUGUUAUCGCCAAACAGUUAAUGUUACAAAUUUCAAGGCAAUCCUUUCACCACUUAUCUUGAAUAUUCCACAUACGAUUUCCGAAUAUAAUUUGGACCAUAAGACUUCUCAUUUUCAUUCAAGAGAAUUUCAAAAUAGACAUUAGUACUCCAUAGCACCAAAUUUUGCAGUAGACCCAAAAAACAUUACGGAUUGCGGUCACGAUUAAACAAAAUGGGGCUCUGGAGUUGCGAGGUUUUCUAUUUACAUUUACAAAUUGUUUUGAAUCUUCACGACUUUUUCUGUUAAAUGCGUUCAGAAAUUAUCUGUCUAAUGAUAUCAAAAUGUUGAUAUAAGAAUAAAACUGAGUUACGUGGUUUGUCACUCAAGCCGACGAUAUUUGUUUCUUUCAUUCUUGAUGCAAAAGCUUACUCAAAAAUAUUUAAAUCUCUUACAUAAUAAUUAUGUGAAAAUCAUUUGGCUCAAUUGACAUAACAUUUUGUGAAGAGCUUGAUCGUUCAAGGGUUUUUUAAUGUACUGAGGUCAGAUAGGUGCUGCCCCGGACAGAAUUAGUACUUGGAUAUUGUCAUUUAGCUCGAUUUUUAGUGUUGAAACUGUUCAGAAAUUAUGUUAUCGCCAAAUAGUAGGCGUUACAAAUUUAAAGGUAAUCCUUUUACCACUUUUCCAUUAUCAUAAAUAUUCCAUACACGAUUUCCGAAUACAAUUUAGGCGUAAGACUUCUCAUUUUCAUUAAAGAGCAUUCCAGAAUAGUCAAUAGUAUUUUUCAUCAACUCUGAUAUACAUUUUCUAUAUUUCUACUACUCAUGUUGCAUAAAACGAAUCUUAACACAUUAACAUACACCUGUUAACGAUUGAUAUAUACUCUUAAAUGAUAAAAAUCAAAAACAAA